AUAAACUUGUCUUCUGCAUGUUCACCGUACUGUUCCCAUUGCUUCGUCUUUUAACGGACGAUUGAGAUGAAGAAAAGCCAUUUCAGACUCCAUCUUUCUUCUUGUUAAUUCCUAUUGCUGCUUUAUUAUGCCUCACAGCUGUUUCAUUUAGGUUUUCACAGUAACUAAACUCAUUCAGAUCUGACAAGCUAUCAUGACAACACAAGCGCCAACAUCAUCUUCCAUCCAUGAUCAUUGGACUUAUGACGUCUUUAUCAAUUUUAGAGGGGAAGAUACUCGUUAUGGCUUCACAGGAUAUUUGUAUGAUGCUCUAUCUAAAAUGGGAGUUCGCACCUUCUUUGAUGAUGAGGAAAUAAGAAAGGGCGAUGUAAUUACUCCAACACUUCGCAAAGCAAUCGAAGAAUCUAGGAUGGCUAUCUGUGUGUUUUCUAAAAACUAUGCAACCUCAACAUUUUGUCUUGACGAACUUGUCCACAUCCAUCAAUGUUUUAAGAGAGAUGGACGGCAAAUUUGGCCAAUCUUUUAUGAAGUGGAGCCAUCAGAAGUGCGACAUCAAAAAGGGAUUUAUGCUCAAGCUUUGGAUGACCAUACAAUUAAAAACAAAGCUGAUGAACACAAGAUGCGGAGUUGGAAGCUUACACUGCAUGAAAUAGCUAAUAUCAGUGGCAAACAUCUCACACCCAGGGCACAAAUAAAGUUAGGAUCAUAGCUUCAGAAAAGUUUUCCAAAUAUACAGAAGUAACUUGGGAUGGAAAAGCCUUCAAGAAAAUGCCAAAUCUCAAAAUUCUUAGUUUGAAGAAUUUAAAGUUUUCAAAAGGCCCCCAAUAUUUACCCAACAGUUUGAAAGUGCUGGAAUGGCAAGAAUAUCCUUCAUCAUGCUUGCCACUUGAGUUUCAUCCAAAGGAACUUUUGUAAUGAAAGUGACAAAUAGUUGUUUAAAGCCGACGGAAAUAAUUAAGGUAAGGACCUGAUCAUCUUAUCUGUAUUUAUUUGAUAUAAGUACCCCUCUAUUUGAUGAUUUCUUUAAUUGAACAUUUUUUUUAUGGUUUUAGCUUCGACAAACGGCCUCGACUCUGAGUGUUUUGAAUCUCAAAAAGUGCCAAAAUAUUACACAAAUACCGAAUUUACCUGCCCUCCCAAAUUUAAAAGAAUUAAAUCUUGCUGGAUGCAAGAAUUUAAUUGCCAUUGAUGAUUCGGUUGGAGAAUUAAAAGACUUGAAAUCUUGGAUGUGCAUAAAUGUGCCAAACUUAAAACUUUUCCCUAUUAUAUCAAGUCAUCAUAUCUUAAACAGCUCUGUCUUUCAUACUGCUCAAGCCUGAAAUACUUUCCAGAAAUACUAGAGAAAGUGCAACUAACACAAUUGGAGUUGAGGGAAACUGGGAUAGAAAAACUGCCUCCAUCAAUUUGCAAUCUUAUUAACCUUUUUAAUAUAGAAAUUAGUGGGAAAAUCGAGCCACCAAGUAUGAAUUUUUUGUUGCCAGAACAAUAUGAGAAUUUUGAUGAAGGUUAUGGAAAGUUGCUGAAGGAAGUGAUUCCAUUUCGAAGAUUAAGUUUUGUUAACCUCAGAAAUGUAGUAUAUCAUGCAAUAAGAGCCUACAAAUUUAUCUACGUUGGUUCUCAAACGUGAAAAUCUUGAUAUUGGACAAUAGUGAUUUCACAAUUCUGCCUGCCUGCAUAAAAGAAUGCAGGUUUUUGGAGGCACUUUCUUUAAAUGGGUGCAAGUAUUUGCAAGAAGUGGAAGGAAUUCCACCAAACAUAGGAGUGUUGGAUGCAACAGAUUGCAUAAUGUUGAGUUCAGAGUCGAGAAACUUUUUGUUGAGUAAGGAACUAAUUAGGACUUUGUUGAUCAAACAUGGGGUUUAUAGAACCAUCCAAUUCAUGGUGCCGAGAUCAAGCACCCCAGAAUGGUUGGAUCUCUCUAAGAAAGGAGGAUCUAUUUCUUUUUGGUUUCGUAACUUCUUUCCAACUCUUUGUCAUUGUGUUCUUCUCAAACCAAGUUCUGAUGAUGCAAGUUUCAAGCCUAAGGUGCGCAUUAAUGGAAAACCUGCAAAAACUGUAAUAUUAUUCCUUUUUCCAUCGGUCAAUUUUUCCAAAAGUAAAGAGGAUCAUAUAUUACUCUAUCAACUUCGAGGGAAUGACUUUGUCAAGAUUAUGAGAUGAGACAUGAAUUUAAAGAAGGUGCGUGGAAUUAUGCACAAAUUUCAUUCUCGAACAGUUGUCAGUAUGGGGAUGAUAUAAAGGAGAGUGGAAUUUAUAUUGUCAAACAACAUUGUAACAUAGAAGAUAUCCGAUUCGCUCGUCCCUUAAAUUUGGAUUCCAUGAAUAUUGACCAAGAAGAGCAACCAAUGCUGAAAAAGAGGCGGUUGAUGGAGGGUAAUCAUAUUAUUUCAGAUUCCGUCAAUGUUGACCAAGGACAAGAACCCACUAUUUCAUGUAAGGAGGAUCUCCAUGGCAACCUUCUACAGCUACAGGAAGUUGAAUACGAAAGCAAAACACAAAUAAUAGACAUUCAACCUCCAAGUAGAGCAAAUGAAGAAUUGGUUCAAAUAAGGAAGCCAGAUAUGAAUAUGAUGCAACAAGAAGAUGAAGCUUCAACCGAUGAUCAAAUCACAAAGAGCUUUGAAAAUGUCAUAAAUGGCAAAGGAGAAGACAUCGUAGUUUACAAAGAUGAUCCCAUUAAUAACAACAAUAUAACAGAGAUGACUGGAAAAGAUUACAUAUAUGACUCAAAUGGCAACAUGACGUGGGAUCCAAUGGAAUGGGAAGAAUAUGAAGCAACAAGUAAUGAUCAUAUUAAUAACAAUAAGGAUCAACGUGAGCAGAGAAGAUAUCAUCCAUGGUUUUUGUGUUUUAAUCUCUUCACUUUCGUUGCCUCGCUCUGUUCUUCUUCUUAAUCGGAUCUUUCUCCAUUGCAAGACGCUGGAAUGAAUUAUCAUUGGAGUCUUUAAUUUGAACUCUUUUGUUAGCUAUAAAUUCUAGACUUUCGAAUUUUUUGUAAUGGUUUUGGUUUACUCAUAUUUUGAUGGAAACUUAAUUCA